CGCCGCCCCCCCCCUCCUCCCUCUCUCUCUCUCCCAGGACCCCCCGCGCGAGACGAACAUGGCGGCGCCUGUGCCUCUGCUCGUGGUCAGAGGCUCAGGUGGUCUCCAGCUCAUCGAUGGGCCUCCCGAGUUUAAAGAAAACAGCGCCUUCCCCGGCGAGGACAAGAAGACCUGCAGGGUUCUGGCGUUCAACAGCAGUGGCACACAGCUGGCCUGGUGCAAUGGAGAGAAGGUGCAGGUAAUGAGCCUGCCGGAAUGCAAGCUGCUGCACAGCCUGGACAUGCCGAAGACGGCGUGCCUGGCGUUCUCGCCGCUCGGCACGCUGCUCGCCGUGUGGCAGCCCUACAUGACAACCAAAGACAACCCUAAGGGGGAGCCCAACCUGAUGCUGUGGGACCUCAAGGAGGGCAAGUGCUUGAAGUCCUUCUUCCAGAAGAAGCAGCAGGGAUGGUGCCCCAGCUGGUCGGACGACGAGAAGCUCUGCGCGCGGAUGGUCAACAACGAGGUGCACUUCUUCGAAGACAACAACUUCGACACGAUCGCGAACAAGCUGUUCCAGCAGAAGGUGGCGGACUUCCAGCUGUCCCCGGGGCCCAGCCCCAGCAAGGUGGCCGUGUACGUGCCGGGAGUGAAGGGGGGCCCGUCGUUCGUGCGUCUCUACCGCUACCCCGACUUCGGGGGCCCCACGCAGGCGCUGGCCAACAGGAGUUUCUUCAAGGCCGACCGCGCCUCCCUGGUGUGGAACAAGAAAGCGACGGCCGUGCUGGUGGUGGCGAGCACGGACGUGGACAAGACGGGCGCGUCGUACUACGGCGAGCAGACGCUGCACUACAUGAGCACGGGCGGGGAGAGCAUCAUCGUGCAGCUGCCCAAGAACGGUCCAAUCUACGAGGCGACGUGGAGCCCGACGUCCACCGAGUACUGCGUGGUCUACGGCUUCAUGCCGGCCAAGGCGACGAUCUACAACCUCAGCUGCGAGCCCGUGUUCGACUUCGGGACGGGGCCGCGCAACGCCGCCUCCUACUCGCCGCACGGCGGGCUGCUGGCACUUACCGGCUUCGGGAACCUGCGCGGCAACAUGGAGUUCUGGGACGUGCGCAAGAAAACGCUCGUGUCGCAGAUCACGGCGUCGGACUCGACGCACUUCAACUGGUGCCCGGACGGCGCGCACGUGCUGACCUCCACCUGCGCACCGCGCCUGCGCGUCGGCAACGGCUACCGCGUGUGGCACGUGUUGGGGGCGACGGUGUUCACCUGGGAGGCCUCCGAGAACUCGGAGGUGUGGGAGACGACGUGGCGCCCCGUGCCGGAGGGGACCUACCCGGAGCCGGGCAUCACCGGCCGGGCCGCCGGCAACGUCGCCGCUGGCAACGGCGCACCGGCCGCCCCGGGGAAGAAGAUCCCGCAGACAUACCGGCCACCGGCCCUCCGCAACAAACCGGUCACCAACACCAAGCUGCACGACGAGGAUGAGCUUCCGCAGAACAUGCGGCCGGCGGCGGGGAGCGCGGCGGCGGAGAAGCAGCUGUCGAAGGCGGCGCUCAAAAACCUCAAGAAGCGGGAGGCGAAGAAGGCGGCCAAGCAGGAGGGCGGAACAGAGGCGCACGAUGAUGACACGGUCGCCCACAUUGGCAGCGACGCAAAGCCUGCGGUGAUAUCGACAACAGAGAGCGUGCAUGACCCUGACAAGGAGAAGAAAAUAAAAGCCUUGAAAAAGAAGCUGAAAGCCAUCGAUCAGUUGAGGGAGCAGCAGACAGGCGGGAAGGAGCUUCAGAAAAACCAGUUGGAGAAGAUGCAGAUGGAGGCGUCGCUGCUGGAGGAGUUGGAGCAGCUGGAGCUGCAGGACUGACGGCGGUUGUCGGCGGCGGCGGCGGCGGGAUGAGCAGGCCCCAGUCGAGAGUAACGGGAGCCGGCGGGCCUCGAGUGGUGCCGGUGGCGGGGGGGGGGGGGAGGGGGGCGCAAGCUUCGGUCGGCUUGACCGGUGUGCGAGGACGAGACACGGCACUCACCCUCCCUCCGGCCCCCCUCCCCGACGGUGGGACGGAACGUGACAUUUUUUGCCGCCGCGGCAAAUGCGCCCUAACCCCCCCUCCCUCCGCCUGAAUAAAGUCGAGUCAAAAGCCUCCCGAGUUAUCACAACGCCUGCGAUCGAGUGGCGGCGAUCGUCUCGUUGGGGCCUGGCACGUUUGUGGGGACCCCCGUGCGAGCGACGGUGUGCGGUUUACCGGUGCGGUUUGUACACUGCCGUUUUAAGUUUUUACAAACGCCACACUCGCCCCCUGCAGGUACAUUAAAAUACAGCCCUUUGUCAAUCCACUGCUGGAUGAAGGCUUCCCCCACACUGCCUUGGGGGGGGGGGGGGGGGGGGUUGCUUGACCAUACUUUACCACGCUGGUCAGUGCGAGUUGGUGAAGGCGGCACCCGGGGAGACUGGUUCCGAUAUCGCUCGCCACCGAUGUUGCAUGCGAUUAGCCACGCACUACCCCGUGGCUUUGGCCUUCAGGGAGAUCGCUGGUGCUGCUGCUGCUGAGGAUUGUUUAAGGACUUGUAAUGCGGCGUUGAUCACAGCCGAGACACAAACCGGCCACCACGCUCAUUACCUCUGCUCUCCGGCGGAGUUGUGAUCAUUGUGCCGGGCUUUUGCAUUUUGUUUCAAACAAUUCCCCCCCCCACUCCCGACUUUUUGGGCGACUUCAGCUUCCGUGAGCUGUGUCUGUGAGAUGUCCGUGGGGUUUAGCGAAUCGGUUGGCGGCACGCGAAAUUCGACGCACUUUGUCCAGUCGAUCGUCGUUUUUCGGAAUUGUCGAACGGGGGGGCGCCCACCGUCGCUUCCCGAGUCGCGGUCGGUCCCGUCGGCGGGUUCCUGACGUGUGUGCGAGCGUAAGUGUUGUGAACGCGCGCGAGUCUCGGGCACGGUGCGAGAGGGCGAGUCUUGUGGGGUCUCGCUGUUUGCGAGUCCUCUGUCUUGAGUAGGAUGCGAAUAAUUUUUACGUUUGAGUUUAUUUUCGCACAACCAAGGCGAGAACUCGGGAGACCAGGAUAAAAGUCUUGUAUGCAAGAGUGACUGGCCUGGGUCGGCAACGUAAAAGAAAAAAAAGUUUCGCAGUUAAGAAAACAAAUCGGAGAAAAAAAAAUCUGCGUCGAAACAUGAGGUCGAAAAUAUUGCGCGAACAAAUCAGUGUUAAGUCAUAAAUUCCCUGCAGCGCAUGUUGGCUCGCUGCAGUUUACCUUUAGGCCGAUAAUCGCACAAUAACAAGAUAAAAACAACAUCAAACGGAUGUAAGGUGGCUUAUAGACAAGGAUCUACAUGAAAUACAUGUUUAUCCUUGUCCGCUUAAGUUCCACGAGUGUGAAAGUUGCACGUUUCCUGUGUAUAUGCGAGUCCUCUGUGUGAGUCCUGUGUGAAUACUGUGUGAAUACUGUGUAUGUGUACUGUGUGAGUACUGUGUGUACUGUGAGUCCUGUGUGUGUGUGAGUCCUCUGUGUGUACGGUGUGUGAGUACUGUGCGAGUACUAUGUGUGUGUGUGAGUACUGUGUGAGUAUUGUGUAUGCGAGUCCUCUGUGUGUGUGUACUGUGUGAGUCCUGUAUGUGUGUGAGUACUGUGUGUGUGUGAGUACUGUGUGUGAGUACUGUGUGUACUGUGUGUGUACUGUGUGUGUAUGCGAGUCCUCUGUGCGUGUCCUGGAAGUCGCCCAUCCUCCUGCGCGUGCCGUGUUUACGUUCAACGAGACGUGACGCGUUUUGCAUCACUUACACCACGAGAGCAAUACUUUAAUAAAGUUUAUUUCAAAGUAGAGUA